GCAACCGUCGACAACCAGCCCAACAGUCAAAAUGGCCCCUUACUCGAAGACCGUCAAGUCCAGCGCGUACUACAGUCGCUACCAGACCAAGUACCGCCGUCGCAGAGAGGGAAAGACCGACUACUAUGCUCGUAAGCGCCUGAUCACCCAGGCCAAGAACAAGUACAACGCUCCCAAGUACCGCCUGGUCGUUCGCUUCACCAACCGCGACAUCGUCACCCAGAUCGUCUACUCUGAAAUCACCGGUGACAAGGUUUUCGCCAGCGCCUACUCCCACGAGCUCAAGCGCUAUGGCAUCACCAACGGUCUGACCAACUGGGCUGCCGCCUACGCUACCGGUCUCCUCCUUGCCCGCCGCACUCUCAAGAAGCUCGGCCUUGACGAGGAUUUCACCGGUGUUGAGGAGCCCGAUGGAGAGUUCUCCCUCACUGAGGCUGCCGAGACCGAGGAGGGUACUCGCCGCCCCUUCAAGGCCUUCCUCGACGUUGGUCUUGCCCGUACCUCCACUGGUGCCCGUGUCUUCGGUGCCAUGAAGGGUGCCUCUGACGGUGGUAUCUUCAUUCCUCACUCCGAGAGCCGUUUCCCCGGUUACGACAUCGAGGCUGAGGAGCUCGACGCCGAGACUCUCCGCAGCUACAUCUUCGGUGGUCACGUUGCCGAGUACAUGGAGGGCCUCGCUGAUGACGAUGAGGAGCGUUUCCGCGGCCAGUUCCACAAGUACACCGAGAACGAGAUUGACGCCGGUGACAUUGAGGAGCUCUACGCCGAAGCCCACAAGGCCAUCCGUGCCGACCCCUUCAAGAAGGACGAGUCCGAGGGCCCCAAGAAGACUAAGGAGGAGUGGAAGGCUGAGAGCAAGAAGUACCGCAAGACCAAGCUCUCCCAUGAGGAGAAGAAGGCUCGUGUUGAGGCUAAGAUCCGUGAGCUUGCUGCUUAAAUGUUUUUUCCUUGACCGGAAGGCGGAUUGAUCGUACUUGAUGCCUAGCUGAGUGCGAUAGUCAAAGCAGAAAAGUUUACUUUUGUCCACAAUAUAGGGCUUGCCAGUCGUCGAUUCUUCAGAUAUCCUGCUUGUAGCUUGAUGACUUUAUGACGAUGUUUGUUUUUUGUCUAGGGCUUAUUUCCGGAGUAUUAUUGGGCGCGGGCAAUCGAAUGGGUU